GAUUUCUGGACUAUUUUGGCAUUUUCUAAGAAUUCUUUAGGCUAUUAAUGCCACAGGCUUGUCAGUGAGGACCCAGAUGCAGAGAAGGAGGCCCAGAAAUUAGUUCAAUGACUAAUGAUUUAAGAACAAAAAAAAAAACUUAUCAGAGGAAAAAGUGCAAAAACUAGACAGCAAACAGAAAACCACAGGAAGAGCAUACACAACAAACCAACACUGGUCACAGGAGGACCUUAACUUAAAUAGAGAGCAAGCUAAAUCAAGUAAGUGCAGACAGCUGUGCAGUCCUCCACAGAGAUCAGGAGAGGGUGGAGAUCAGGUGGGAGGAGCCACAGUCAGCCGUCACGGAGGAAGAGAGAGUUCCGUCUCUCUUCAUCCCAGCUGUUUUCUGCUCUGCCUGAGUUAAGCUGCUUCAGAUCUCCUCCACAUUUGGUGUUUGGUUUGUACCGCUCAGGCUGUCCGACCACUCCAGAAUGUGAACAAUGUGACGUGGUGUUCCAGGCCUGGAAACUGGAGCGCUCCAAUGAUUCAGCAGCUAAAUUGAUCCCGACAUCCACACAGUGACUGACGGCAUUCCCAGAGGCCGGGCGCUGCUGGUGUGUCCGUGUGUGCGCGGCUGCAGAGGUGAUAAUCAGUGGUGGCUGCGGGGGGCUCUCUGUCCCAUUUGGUCCUCCUCAACCAGCCAAACCCCCCCUCCCUGAGCACACCUCCUCUGUUAUUCCCUCUCAAACUUCACUCAGUCAGGCUUCAGUUUACCUUCAGGGAGGUUCUGCUCUGAUUUUCAGUUUCCUCGGCCUGGAGAGAGCAGGACAGGAGUGAAGGCCGGCAGGGCGCUGCUGCUGCAGCUGUCGAUCAGGGGAUCCGGGAGGAGGAGGCUCUGCUGAAGGAGCUGACUGCUCUCCUUAUCAGAGGACAGAAAACGCAGCCGGCCGGAGAAAGUGGCUCGUCAGGCUUUCCUGUCUUUGGACUGCUAUUUUUGAGGUGGUGCUGGGGAGUCGGCCUGCUGAGCUUAGAACCAGACGAGCCGCACUGAAAGAGUCCAGAACGGAGAAUGCUGGGGAAAGGUCAAGGUGGAGGAUACCCCCCUGAGAUGAGUGAGUCCCUGCAGAGCCUCUCGGUACCCCCUCUGGAGGUGGCAGAGAAGAAGGGCCUCCAGCGGAGCGUCCCCCUGUCAGGCCACCUGCAGGCAGCGCCUCCGCCGCACAACCAGCAGCUCCUUUUCUCUCCAGCCAGCCUCCAACUGGCUCAGCUCCAGGCUCAGCUGACGCUCCAGCGCCUCAAACUGGCCCAAGGAGGCAAUGCUGCCACUGCUUCCAGUGUCCUGAACCAGUUACUCUCCAAUGCCAGCAUGUCCCAGCCCCUGUUCAACCAGCUACGGACUCCCACCAUUGUUGGCAGUCCGCCGGGGGCCUUUCCCAGCGGGGUGAUGAGCUUCCCCUCUUCAAAUGCAGCAGUGGGACCUUUGGUUGGUGGAGGACUGAACCAGAACUCAGGGAAUGUGAGACUGAAUCCCAUCUCUGGAGAGUACGCUAAUACGUCAGGGUCUGUUUUCUCCUGUGACACUGACAGACGCUUUCAGUUCAGUUCCGCCGGAGCCUCGUCGGCAGCAUCCGUCGGUACAGGAGACCCACAAUGCACCGGGAUUACCACUCAGGCAAAGAGCAUCACCAACACUGGCAUUCAUCCAAAUGUAUUUGACGUUCCAGCGACGUUUCCUGCCAAAGAGCAGACGAUCCAUAACUCUGCUGCUCGUAAGGAGCAGUGGAAAGGGCACAACAACACUCACGCUGGAAAGGUGGACCUGCUUUCUAACCCCCCUGCCAUGUGGAUGGCACCUGGGCAGCCCAUUCAGUCCAGAACAGAACUGUAUAACCCAGAGGAACCGACCUCUGAACCCAAGUUAAACUGCGGUACUGGGAUUUCUACUUUUGGUUCAAGCUGCACCGCAGGGAUCGGGGGCUACCCGCCCCUCCUUGGAAAUGAGGACACUUUGUCUUCAGGUGUUAGGACGCUUCAGCCCUAUCAAGUGAAUGAUUACUAUGACGUGACCCCCACUCAACUGCCACACCAGUGUAGCAUCUGCGACAAGAAGGUCUAUAAUCUCAAGGACUGGGACCAGCACGUGAAGGGAAAGCUACACCUGCAGAACCGAGCCUUGUACACAACCGACUGCUCCGCCGCAUCAGCCGGUCACUACGCUGUCAGCAGGCCUUCUGAUGGAGGUCUGAACCUCGGAGGAAACAACGCUGUAGCCUGCUCUGCUGCAAGUCAAGAUGUGUCCUCAGGAGCAAAUGCUUCUUACCUGCCAGCGUCAGCCAUGAGGAUUUACUCCAAGACGGACUCUGGAUUUCCCUGUCAGCAGUCAGAGCCAUUUGCACCCAGCCAGGCUUCGGCAGGCCGUGUCGUUCACAUCUGCAACCUUCCUGAAGGAAGCUGCACGGAGAAUGAUGUCAUCAACCUGGGACUGCCCUUCGGCAAAGUCACCAACUACAUUCUGAUGAGAUCUACACAUCAGGCAUUUCUGGAGAUGGCCUAUGAUGAAGCAGCUCAAGCAAUGGUUCAAUAUUACCAGCUGACUCCAGCCAUGAUCAACAAUCAGAAACUCCUAAUACGGAUGUCUAAACGGUACAAGGAGCUGCAGCUUAAGAAACCUGGAAAAGAUGUUCUGUCAGUCAUCCAGGAUAUCACUUCACAAAGAGAAAGGGAGGAGAUGCAGGAACACUACAUGAUUGAGAGGCCACGCUCUCGGAGCCCCAUCAACCAUUCUCUGAGUCCUCCCUCCCACAGCCCCAGCUUUGCAUCAUGCGGCUCUGCUCACAGCCCCCCAGGAGCACUCUGCAGGGGUCCAGAAAGGAGCAGCAAUGGUCUUGGCCCCCACAGGAGCUCUUGGGUUUGGCCACACCACAUAAGGAGGAGCGAGGAGGAGAGGGAUCGGGAUUAUCCCUGGAGAAAUGGAGACAGCAUGGAUGAUGAUCUUUCAAAUGGACGAGCUGUUGCCCGACGGAAAACUUACCAGAAACACUUGGACUUUGGCAGCUUAAGAGCUUCAGAUGAGCAGGGGGUAGGAGAAGGAAUGAGGGAAAGUAGAGACCGGCAACCCCGGGGCAGCCCGCAGGGCUUUAGCUCCUACAGAGGCAUGGCGGAUCAUUUCUACUCUGAGCAAAUGUACAAGUCAGAGAAGUCGCUGCGGCCUUCAUACCCACGGCAUGACAUGAAGACCAAGAGGAGGGAUGGAGGCGAUUACUAUGCCCGCUCCAGACAUCCAGACUUGGGUGAGGAGCCACCAUGCAGAACUGCAGAAGACAAGAGAUCGAGUUCACCAGGGAGAAGGAGUAAAAAACCAAGCCGGAGGCACGAAUCUGCAGAGAAACACGAGAAGGAAAGUGCUUCAGAAAACAAUGAUUCCAGGUCAAAAGAAAAAUCGGUUUCACCACAAGAGAAUGCUAAGACAGACAAAGUCUCUGAUUGUGAUAAAGAUGGAGACACUAAGAAAGACAAGGAGAAUGGAGAAGACACAGAUGAAGAGUGCUGGUAUCCAACCAACAUGGAAGAGCUGGUCACCGUGGACGAAGUGGGAGGAGAAGAUGACUCUAUUAUUGAGCCAGACCUCCCUGAGAUCGAGGAUUUUGCAUCCAAAAAGUCUGUAGUGGAGGAGACGGUGGAGAAACCUUCAGCACCACCUUCCUUAGAGCUGCAAGAGACAUUAAUACAAAAAUCUGAGCAAGAAAACUCUGGUGAGGAAGCAGCAAGUCAGACAGAAGCUUGUGUGAAAAACACAGAAGGUGAUGAUGAAGCAACCGCGCCCAGCCCUGAAGACCAGAAAAAAGAGCCAGAGAGCUAUGAGCCGCCGCUCACACACUUCCCCGGUGAGGACUUCAAGGCUGCAGUGGAGAUGUGCCUAGACGACAAUAGAGUACCGCAAACUGAGAUGCAAGAGGAUCCACCGGAAAAACCUCUCUGUUCUCCAGAGGACAGUCAAACCCAAGAAGAAGAACACGUGGUGGAAAUAAUAAAUAACAAAGAUCAAUCAACAGAUGAAAACCUAAAGAAAGAAAUAGAGGUGCCCUUUUCAUCUGCAGCCCAAGACAAAGCCGUCAGCGAGCACAGCAUUCCUUUGGGAGUGGAGUUUAUCGUGCCGAGUACAGGGUUCUACUGUAAACUCUGUGAACUGUUCUACACCAGCGAGAGCACGGCGAAGACAACUCACUGCCGCAGUACCGUGCACUACAAGAACCUGCAGAAAUAUUUGUCCCAGCUGGCAGAGGACAGUCUGUCAAGUGUCCUCAACUAGCCCCCUUUGGUGAGAGCUUAACCUUUGACCCCUGGGACAGCAAACAGCAGGGGACAGCUUCACUCCGGAGUCCGGAGUGUGAAGGCCCGGGGAGAGCUGCCUUAUGGAAAAUGUGAAACACAGAAGCUUGAAUUUAUUGAUGUUAGACUGCCAUGAUUGUGACUUUUGUAUGAGUUGUGUGUAUGGUCAUGCUUUAAGUUAUUCAGUUUUGUACAUAGCCUACUUGAAGUGAAUUGACAACAUUUCUUAAAUUCGUUUUCUUUACUUCUUGAAAGAUUGGGAGAGAAAACUCCUUUUUUUGGAUAAGCUUAGCCUUUUUGUUGGGUUAAAAUUUUUUAUAUAAAAUGAAUGUGAAUGAAACCUAAACAAUGAGAAAGAAAAAUAAAGACGUAUUAAUUAUAAAGAACUAAUGAAAUUCGGACUAAUCAGAGAGAACGAUCUCUUGCUUGUAGCAUUUGUUCAUAUUUGUUCAAAUUUGACCUAGUUUGUGUCUUAAUUGUAAAAAGUAGAAUGUCAGUGAGGUUUAGGAUGUUGGAGUGUGUUUUUAUUUUGGUUGUAUUUGAGGGCAGUAGGAGCUCUCAGGGCAGCAGAUUUUUCCUCUUUAAGGAAAAUGAGGCACAUUCUCAGGUUGGCUGUGCUGUUCAAACAGUUCAUUUGUGUAAAUGUGUUUGUUUUAUGUCUGUAACAGAGCUUAUCUUCAGGUUUCUAUUGUUUUUUCUUCUUCUCCCUGAUUGUAUUUCUAUCAAGUUGAAUCAAUUCAGUAUUUUAAAGUAAUUAUGGAUAAACAUGUUUUAUUGAUGAAACAGUAGAAAAAAAAACUCACCAUCAUUUAAUACCUGAAAAUGCUGAACUUGGACCAUGUGUUAUUCAGUUCAACACAGGGAUUCAUGCUAAAGUGGCCAGACUCUGUUUUUCUACACUGUGAAUGAUGAUACUGUGAAAACAACAAUCGUCUUGUUCAUUAGAAACACCAUCAAAAUCAUUUCUGAUGCAAACAGAAAUAAAAAAAAUAAAUCCUAACAACAAUCUGAGGAGCUGUCUCUGAAUUAACAUUAUUACCAGGCCUUUGUGGUUCCACUGCAG